ACCUCUUCGCAUAAAAGUCGAAAAACAAAAGAGAUAUUACACAAGAGAGAGAGACUGAGAGUGAUGGAGUUGAACAAUAAGGUAUUGGUGAAGGUAGCUUUGUUUGUUUUCUUGUUGGGUGUCACUGCAACUGUUGAUGCUCACUUUGAUCCAGCCUCCUUCAUCAAUGAAGUGCUCCCCAACAAUGGUGAUGGCAGUUACUAUGUAAAAUCAACAACCAAAGCAUGCUGUGAUAACUGCUCUUGCACAAAAUCAAUCCCUCCUAUAUGCCGCUGUACAGAUAUUGGUGAAACCUGUCACUCAGCUUGUAAAUUUUGCAUUUGUACAAGGUCUUUUCCUCCACAGUGUCGUUGCACUGAUACAACUAACUUCUGCUAUGACCCAUGUAACUCAUCUGAAGCUGAAGCUGAAGCUCACUAAGAAUGAACUAUGAUGUGAGACAAAGUCACUUAGGCUUUGUUUUCUUGUAUGCUAAUAUGCUAAAUAAAAUUGGAAUGAAAGUAGCUGCUUGGCCAUGCAGUUUGUUUUCUGCAAAUUGCUGGUCAAAGUGUUUGUUUUA